CUUUCUUUUCUUCAUUGCAGUUUUGAUUCACCUGUUUAGCCUCUGCCUCCAAAACUGACCCAGAUCGCGUGUUGACCAACCGACCGACCGACCGUUUCAUUAUGACGACGUCGGCGGAUCGAAAAUCGGCUUGGAGAGUUGCCGGAAUUGUUCUCGUACUGCUUAUUGGGUCUUGCAGUACAAUCCAAAAAAGGUUUUUUGUCUUGAGCUUCUCUCCGCAGAGCCAAAACAUAAUACCACGAACUUCACGAUGGAAUCUUGAUCAUGAAUCGCUACACACUUUCGCAAAAGAGCAUGCCCGAACGUAUCUCUGGGCAUCAAAUAGUGGCGACGAGGACAAAGCUCCCCAAAACGAGGAGGCAUCGAAAAACCUUCCGAAAAGGAAGAAAAAGAAAAAGCCAGGUAGUCGUGCUGGCGAACCUAGUCUCGACGACCGAAAGAAAAACAAAGAGGAACUAGUCAAGGAAAUUGGGGAACGUAUGAGAGACAAGAAUAAAAAGCCAAUUGGCGAAACUCACGAUAAUAGCAACAGUCUACUGGACAAACUGAAUCCAUUCAAGGCUGGUCAGAAUCUCCGCAAACAACUCGAUACGGCUAUCACCUCGAUUUCUUCGGUAGCGAAGACAGAAAAGCGAACUAUGUACUACUUGGAUGAUAGAUUGGUUGAUGGUACAAAUGUUUUUUCGGAACGAACACUGGAACGACUGGAUCAGGAUGAUUUUGUGCCGGAGGUUUUGGUGGUUGGGGCGACUGGCGAAGUUGGUCGUCUCGUCGUCCGCCGACUUUUGCUUGAUGGUCGUUUCCGUGUCCGUGUGCUGGUGCGCGACUUGUACACCAAGACGCUGAAUAUGCUAGGAACGGGUGUCACAUACUGUCAGGGAGAUUUAGGUAACAUGGACAGUCUGGAAUAUGCUUUGACGGAUGUAGACAAGAUUGUCUUUUGUGCCAGUGCGCCACGACCCGAUGAAGACCAGUUUCAGCAAAGGUUUCAAGAUUUCAUGAAAGAGACCCUGGAAAGUCGGGACGACUCGAUAAAGGACAUUUUCGAUAGCAAAGCGAACGAUGUGGAAUGGGAGCAGCUGGAAUCGGUGUUAGAAUUGCGAGCGCGAUUAGCCGAACAGGUAGACUGUCUUGGCAUGCAAAACUUAGUACGGGCCUACCAGCACGUUAGACACGCCGAUUAUGGAACGUCACAAGCGGCGAAGCGAUCCUUGUUCAAGUUCCAAAGCAGACCCGACGACUUUAAUCUGUUCGCUUUGGAUGAUGUAGGGGACGAUUUUUCGGAAACAGCUGAAGGCGAAAGAAAGGAUUACACAUCUAAUUAUUCAUACAACGAAGAAGAUUAUGAUGAAGACGACGACAUGGACGAGGGGGAAUACGAAGACGAAUACGCCGACUACGACGAGGAAUACGACAUUGUUGGUCUCGAAAAGCGCCAGGACUCGUCGGUAAAAACACAGGUGCAGUGGAUCCGAAACAAGUUCCGCCACGCCGUUUUUGUCGGUCGUGUCCCUAAGGCUACCAGUGGCAACGCAGGCGGAGAAGCAGCCAUUACCAGUAGCCGUUUGCGUGCUCGCGAAGAUCCCGACAACGGGAUUGAUCUCAGCAACGGCUUUGCUGGAUUUAUCUGUCGCGUUUGUUCUGAUGGUGGCACGUACGAAGCAUUUGUUCGAACGAGGGCUUUUUAUACGGACGGUAUCGAGUACGUUUGCCAGUUCUCCACUAGUACAAAGCCAAUCGGGCGCAAUAAAUCGAAAAACAAGUUCGUCACCGUCAGAUUACCGUUUGAGAAUUUUACACCGGUCCGAACUGCUUCCAGCAAACUGGUCGGUCAAGACGAGAGUAUUCCCCAGUUCCGCGGCGGUGAUGUUCGGAACAUUGGUUUUCGGUACCGUAGUUCCGGCAACGAACUCAAGAACAAGCUGGAGCAAUCGGAACGAAACAGCUUUUACUUGGCCUUUUCCUACAUCAAGCUGUAUCGAGCUCAACCCGAGCCCGAGUUUGUCUACUUGAGCGACGCGCGGAUUCCACCAGUUGUCCCGAACGGGAUGGUGCGUCACGAAGCCCGGCAACUACUUGCAGCGAACGGGAACGAGUCGUCCACGGGGAGCUAUCAAAUCUUGAGUGACUCGGCUUUGUGGUCGUCGACUCGAGAUAAGACGAGUCGGAGUCCGGAAGAGACGUACUACAAAUACCGCGGCGAAGAAAUCCUGAAGCAGAGUGGUUUGAGUUAUUCCAUCGUCCGGGUAUGCGGCUUUAACGAGUCUCCUUCGGGCGAAGCUAGUACGAUUGAUUUGCAAUCCUCCACGAACGACUUGUCGGCUGUUUCACGCGACGACGUGGCUCGGGUUUGUGUGAGCGCACUGUUGGACCCCAAUGCUCUGAACAAGAGCUUCUACAUGGGCAAGAAAAAGGGGCAGAAGAGUAGCAGCAAAGACGAAGACAUGGCGAGUAAGUUUGGCCAGCUUUCGGCCGACGCUAUCGUAUAGCGGUAUAUGGCCUUUUACAAAACAUAGAGAUAGCAAAACACUUGUGCGAGUUU